AUGGCAUGUAUGACAAGAUCACACUAUUUGGUGAAAUUGUUACAUCUUGACAGUCAAUAUCCUCACGAUGACAUGAAAUGAUGUCACCAUGAUGUCAUAUUUGACCGUGGAGAUGACGAUUUUAAUCGUGAAAGAUUACUGUCCUCUGGGAUGCCAUCUGUUUCAAUCAGUCUUUUGGUGUAUGAGUAGCCCUAUUAACGUAAUGACGCUCUUUUACAGCCUCGCUGGAGGAGGCGAAAGCUGCACUGAAAAAGAACUCAAACGUCGACGGUGUUGAUAGUGACGCAUCAGCUGAGGCCAUUCAUAUAAGACGAGCGAGGUCUAGAAGGUUUCAGGCAGCGAAGCAGGCCCGGAUUGAUCGUGGGAAGGUUUCUGGCUCUUCAGAUGAGGAUGAGUUCGAUGUGGACGGUGUAGAAAACUUGCUCUCUCUAACGGAGGAAAGAGCACUGUCAUGUGAUGAAGGCUUCCUUUCCCAGAGCGUUGAGAGCAGCAAUACCAGCAAGAGGUCUGUCAGCCAGACAGACGGUUUGAUUAAUUGUGAGAAGGAGAGUGACCUCAUGAGUUCUUUGAUAAAGGAUUGGGAUGAGGUGUUUGAUGGAUCUCAGCGAUCGGACGAAGAGAACACGACUGUGGGUGAGGUCACCCGAGUAGCAGCGCCUCCUCGUAAAGGCACCAGUCCACGAAAGAACGUCAAGGAACUGAGCCCACAGAAGUCAGGUGGGUCAAGUGACGUUCAAGGAAAGACGCCACAGAAGGAGCGGGACGAGGCAAUGGGGCUGUCGGGAGAGACGGCCAGUAUGACGCCAAGGAAAACGCCGAGGAAAACGCCACAGAAAGCGAAAGAUGUACCCAAAAAACUUUCCCUGUCUGAGAGCCCAAAGAAUGGUUCCCAAAAUGAUGCACGUAAGAAGAAAAGUCCACAGAAAAAAGCUGUGGAAAACUCCACUGAGAUGGCCAAGGCCACACGAGCUGGAACACCGCGGAAGAUUCCUGAGGGUGAUUUGAGAAAACCAGGUGCCUCACCACUGCUCGGUACAGCUGCAUCUUCCCGCGUUUCGCCUAGGAAGCGUGACAGGACGGCAGCUUUUGGUUCUGCGCAUACCAUUCACAAGAGAAGUCGGCAGACUGACAUGUCGACUUUCGUAUCAUCAUUCUCAGAACGGGAGCUGGACCGAGAGCUGCGUGAUAUAGACACGGAAAUAGAGGCCGCAGAAAACCAGCUGUGUACCUCACCGAGCGACUCAUUACAGAGCAUGUCGCCCUCAAUGUCUGAGACAAGCGAUGGCGUUUUCAAGACGCCACAGGACAAGGGGGCCUACCGAGCGCUAACUUUUGGAAGCUGUUCCCCUUCUAUUUCAUCAGGUUUACGGCAACUACAAAGCAUGAUGGCUGAGAACUUGCGGCGGGUCGAGCAUGUUGAGAACAGCAUGCACCAGCAUGCGAAAACCAUGGAGACGAUCGUGCAGACAAUGCGGAAAAUUCUGUCUUGCGUUCUUCCUCCAUUGGAGUCGAACAUUGCUGAGGACAUUCCUAAGCUGCCACUGACGGACAAAGAUGGAGAAAAGUCGCUCAACACGAUGAUGUCUGAUAAGGAGGAAUUCAACAAAGUGGUUACAUUCCUGUAUGGCCUUGUUGGUACAAGUCCGAAAGAUGCCGUCUACGCCAUAAUGAAGACACUCUUCACUGAUGAAUUCGCCUCAACCAAGAGUAUGAAGGGGAUCCAUCGAUCUGGCAAGCCUCGCAAGGACGCUUUCAUGGGUACCUCUCUCUUGAAGGCAGUCAUGUGUGCUGUUCGCCGUCGCUUCAAGGAUUCCACCGUGAAGGAGGUCAUGGAGUUGACUGGGAAUUGGCUGAAGGACGCGCCUUCGCGGGAGAAGAAAAGGCUGAGGAGAAGGGAGAGUAGAGAGAGAAGGGAUCGGGAGUAUGACGAAGAGGGUAGUGAUACAACAGUAGGGCAAAAUGAUGAUUAAGGAAUUCUUUUGCUUCAAAUAUUGGUUAAAAUACUGCAUAUGAUUUUUAUUUUAUUUCUCUACUGUGAAUGGUAAAAUCUGAUUGAAUUGAUAUCAUAUUUCACGUUAGAUGGCAAUAAAUGCCUGCCAGUAAAUAACCUAGCUGUUACAGGCACGGAAUGUAUUCAUAUUACUGCAAUUUUCCAUCGCGUAUUUUUAAGUUGAUUUAAAAUGAAGCAGUACUUCACAACACUUCAUAAAAAGUGAAGUCAGGAUUUCUGCCAAUCAAGGUCCUACGCCACAGUUAAGGUCCCAGAUUUUAACAUAUUGUUAUGGAUUUUCUUUCAGAGUUAAAUCACUUCAAUUCAUGCAGUGGUUGUAAGAAAUGGGUAGCUAUAGUUAUAACGUUAUAGUUAUAACGACUGCAUGAAUUGAAGUGAUUUAACUCUGAAA